GCCUGCGCAGAGCGCGGCUUCCUGAGCGUCUGGUGGCGGCCGCCAUUUUGUGGUGCCGCUUCCCUCUCCCGCUCGGGAUCUGCGGCCGCGGGACCUGGCGCGGGGGCGACGCGGAGCGGGGGGAGCCGGGGCCGCCCGCACCCUCCUCACCUUCCCUUCGCCUCCGUGCGCCGCCGAGCCCCUCCGGCGCUGCCCCCGGGCGCGGCUGCGGAGAGCGGCGCUCGCCCACCAUCAUGGAAGACGACGGGCAGCCCAGGACCCUCUAUGUAGGAAACCUGUCCAGAGAUGUGACUGAGGUUCUCAUACUUCAGUUAUUCAGCCAGAUUGGACCAUGCAAAAGCUGUAAAAUGAUAACAGAGCAUACAAGCAAUGACCCUUAUUGCUUUGUGGAAUUUUAUGAACACAGAGAUGCAGCUGCUGCAUUAGCUGCUAUGAAUGGGAGAAAAAUUUUGGGAAAGGAGGUCAAAGUAAACUGGGCAACAACACCAAGUAGCCAGAAAAAAGAUACAUCCAAUCACUUCCAUGUGUUCGUUGGGGAUUUAAGUCCAGAAAUAACAACAGAAGACAUCAAGUCAGCAUUUGCUCCUUUUGGUAAAAUAUCAAUUGCUCAUAAGAAUGGACAGGAUCUUGAAGGCUAACUGCAAGGAACUGUGCACACUGGAACUCAGUUGUAGAUUUUUUCUCAUUUCUAUUUAUUCUUAUUAUACAUUAUUUAUAUAUACAUAUUUUAGUAUUUACAUUUUAACAUUCUAUAUUCAGUGCAGUUCUAUAUUUCCAAUCAUUUUAACUUACUCACUAAAAUUUCUGUGUAAAUUUGUUGUUUUCGUACUGGUGUGCUUAGCAUUGUUGUUAGUUUUAUUCUCCUUUCUUAAAUUUCUGAAAAUGUCAAUUUUUCAAAAUUUACAGCUACCCAAACUCCAAAAUGAUGGUAGAGAAUUGACCAAGAAAAAUAAAGAAAUCUGUUAACAGGCCAUGGAUGCACGGGUAGUUAAAGAUAUGGCAACUGGAAAGUCAAAAGGCUAUGGUUUUGUAUCUUUUUAUAACAAACUGGAUGCAGAAAAUGCUAUUGUACACAUGGGAGGCCAGUGGUUGGGAGGCCGCCAGAUCAGAACUAACUGGGCAACAAGGAAACCACCAGCCCCUAAAAGUACACAAGAAAAUAAUACAAAACAGUUGAGAUUUGAAGAUGUAGUAAAUCAGUCAAGUCCAAAAAAUUGUACUGUGUACUGUGGAGGAAUUGCCUCGGGGCUAACAGAUCAGCUUAUGAGACAGACUUUUUCACCGUUUGGACAGAUUAUGGAAAUAAGGGUGUUUCCAGAGAAAGGUUACUCAUUUGUCAGGUUUUCAACCCAUGAAAGUGCAGCACAUGCUAUUGUUUCAGUUAAUGGAACCACAAUUGAAGGACAUGUUGUUAAAUGUUAUUGGGGUAAAGAGUCCCCUGAUAUGACAAAAAACUUCCAACAGGUGGAUUACAGUCAGUGGGGACAAUGGAGCCAAGUAUAUGGAAAUCCACAACAGUAUGGGCAAUAUAUGGCUAAUGGGUGGCAAGUACCAUCAUAUGGAAUGUAUGGCCAAGCAUGGAAUCAACAGGGUUUUGGAGUAGACCAAUCUCCAUCUGCUGCCUGGAUGGGUGGAUUUGGUGCUCAACCUGCCCAGGGACAAGGUGCUCCUGUAAUACCUAACCAAGCUGGAUAUGGUAUGGCAAGCUACCAAACGCAGUGAGCUGGGACUCUGUUUAAAAGUGUGUAUUUCAUGAUAGGCUGCAGUUUCCAGUGACAUUCUGAAGACUGGAAUGUAGACAAUGAAAAAAAAGAAAAUAUUUAUUUUAAAAAUGGAAAUGUUUGGAACCUUUAGCACAGCUUUGCUUUGGUGAAGGACACAAAUGUCUUCUAGUUCUGCCUUUUUAAGUUUUUGUUCAUGAUGGAUAUGAACAUGUUUUUCUUUGUGUACAAAAAUUGAAAAUAAAGUCAAUAAAGACAAUUCUGACUACAAAUUUUGAUAUAGUAGGAGAAAUGGCUAAUGAAUUUGAUCUUGAGGUUACCAUUCCUUUUUCUUUUUUUUUUGUUUUGUUUUGUCUUCAGUGUUUUAUAUCAUUGUGCUUUUAAGAGAAAUUACGUUGAAAAACAGGGAGUUGCUUUUAGUUGAACACACAUCCUGAAAUAAACUGUGGACCAAUCACUACAACCUGCGAGACAGUAUUGAGUUUUCAAGAAACCUAUGGACAUAGCUCAAAGUAUAUGUAGGUCUUGGAAUAAUUUUUUUAAAAGAUCUUUAAUUUUUCUACAUGCUUACAGAAAACAGCUGAUACAAUGAACAGUUCAGUCUGAAAUGAAAAACAGUACUGUCUGAGAAAUUUCACAUAACUUUUACUGUCCACAUUCAGGCACACGUUGAAACUUUUCAGAGCUGGUUUGCUUGUUAAAACUCUAGUAGUUUACAUUUAAUUUUGAGAAGUAAAAGUGUUUUUACAAGUAUGUUGUUUGUAUUCAAAUCAGACAGUCAUACUUGGGCUUUUACAUAAAGUUUGAAGGCUUCACAUUGUAAAUAUUUCAUAAUUACAGUGUUUCAAAAGCAUGCUCAAACAUAGAAGUAGCAAUGUAAUUAUUCAAAGUAAUACUUAAUAUACCCUACUGCUUUAAAUGCAGUAGAUUGACAAGAAUGUGCAAGACUGACAUUUCCAAAGUUGGCUAUUAUGUAAAGUUACAUAAAGAACUAUAACAAAGAGCCUUAAUUUUAAUUUCAUAAAUCUUUAAUGCAUCACCUUUUUGUCAUUAGAAAUACAAAUUUUUUGCUUUACAUUAUUUGGUAUGUAAAUACCUUGGUUAACAACCUUGUAAACCUAUUUCAAGGUUAUUAUAAGUUGUAUAGUAUCUUGAGUGUUUUGAAAAAUCUUGAUGUUUUUUAAGUCUAGAAAUAUUUUGCCCAAGAAUUUUUUAACAAGAUUGUUAAAAACAUCUUAUUUUAGAGACUAUUCAAUGUGCCAUUUGGUAAAUGGAGAUGCAGUUGAAACAGUACACUGAGUUGUGACUUAUUUUUAAUUAAAGUUUUUGUCUUUAUGGAUGGUUUGCAUGUGAUGAACUUGUACAGAGGCUGGGUUGUUUGUGUACUGAGUGUGUAAAUGGAUAAAUCAUGGAGAUGUUUAAAUGGUAUACUUGGGUUAUUUCUGAAUUAUUUUAUGGAUACAUUGAUAUAAACUGCCUCAAUAAAUUUGAAGUUGAAAAUGAAUGUAAGUUAGAUAUAAGUAAUGUGUCCUCCCUGUGACAGCUAGAGGGUGCAAAUGCCUCAGCUGUCAUCUGGAAUGCUGAGGCAGGCACGCUUGGAAGGGAAAGAGUAGGAUUUGCAGUGGUAGCUCAGCGAAGCAAACUUGCAUUUUAAAAGAAACAGAAAAUUUGGUUUUUAGAGAUGGUAGUUCUAAGUGAGUGUCUGAGAAGCUGUGUAUUUUCUCUUUUCUGUUUCUGGCCGUGCAGGUGUUGCGAGGUAGAGUAGUCUGUUUUGAAAUGGAGAUUUGCAGUUGUGUUAAACCCAGCCAGGUUGUGCAGAUAACUACACUUGUUGCUGUAGCAAAUCACAUGAGGGUUUUCUUUCCUCCUCUUUUAUUGAUGUGUGAAGUAGUACCUUGGCUUUUAGAUCAGGUUGAGAGUGAGAUGUGCUGCAAGAGCAGUUUAGUCAGUUGGCUCAGCUGCACCAGAGGUACUUGUGACUCUGGGCAUCUAAUGCAUGCAAUAAUGACUGAGGUUAGUGCGGAACCACGAGUGCUCGUGCUGGCAGAAUUGGCCCUUUAUCUCCUUUUCUCCUUUCUGGUGUAUGUAGUGUCUUUCCACUCAAGAUAGGAAUCUUGCCUACAGGACUCUUGUUUUUCUAUACGUUUUGUACAUAUGUGUAUAUCUACGCGAGGAUCGGCCUAUACAUUGUAGUUUGGAAAAACCUCACAAGUAAGUCUGUGUUUUUGUUACACUCAGCCGGUUUAAAAAGUCACGAGUCAGUAGAGAUACGAAUUGUGAGUUCCUUUAGGAUUUCUUAGGCUUCACUUGAAAUCUGGGGUUUCUACAUCCUUCUAGGUGUUUGCCAUAUGGCUGUUCUGGGUGCAUGCUGGUGUGGAGGCAGUUUGUUCUUUAGGCGCUACUGAAGAUUUAGAUGAUGCAAGUACAUUGCCACAUAAAUGCCCAUAUAAAUGGGUGUGAGAUUAAGGCAGUGAUCUUUCAGGUCUCAAUGUGUAGAUCACUUUAAAUCUGAUUAUUUAAUAUUGCCUGCUGUAGAGCUGGGCCAUACCUGACCUGUAUUUCAGGAUGAAAGAUAGGAUAUACCUUCUGAUUUAAGUCUUUUGUCAUUGAUUUUUAUACAGCUUUUCUGUAAUGGUGAUAUUUCUUCGCAGACUGCUCAAGGUGUGGGGGUCUCCAGUGUCCUUUAAUGUUUCUCUAGCACUGCGAGGAGGAGUUGUAAAUUAGAUUGCUUUUUACUCAGUAGCAUUCAUAAAUGCAUCACUGACAAUUUUUUGGCACCAAAGAGCCUCUUGCACCAUACUGCUUUUAUGAGUGACACUUACACUGUUGUAAUUUCUCUAACUACAGAAAUCGACCACUACCUAACCCUUACCACUAGAAUUUGGGUUUCAGAAACACUGAUUUAUUAUGGCUUAAGUUGAUGCGUGCAACCUAAACCAAGGUUGUAAUCUGCUUUUGCAGAAAAAUGUUCAAUAAAAGUGGAACAUGAUAAAGGGCUUAUCCUGUAUUUGUCAUCUGUCAAAGCAUUGUCCCUCUUUGCUGUUAAACUGACAACAGGCAGACAAGGCUGAACUUGUAAACUAUGCACUUGCAACCAUGUAAAAGAUGUUUUAUUUAAAAAUUUUUCCUACAAAAUCAUUUUGUAUUUUGCGGAGUUGCAGUAGUAAGGCUGUAAAUCGAAGGUUACAUGUAGCUUCUCAUCAAUCCUGCCUCCUUGUGUAUAUUUGCUAACAGUUUUUAGACAUACUCUUCCUGCAGAACCUUCUUCUUACUAAGAUAACUUCAUGAGAAGCGAUUCACUGUACCAGAACAUUGCCUUCAUUUCACUCAAAAAAGUCUCACAGUGAAUAAGGCUUAGUUUUGCAGAAAAAUAGUGAUUUGUUUUUCUUGUGUUUGUACACAAGGAAGCAGACUUAAACUGUAUGGACAUGAUUAGUGUCUGAUACUUCUUAAUUAUCUGACUGUUUUUGAACAAGGGCACAAGUGUUUGUUUUAAUCACGUGAAACUGUUUCCUGGUCAGCAAUAAAAGAUUUUGUUGCACUGUUCUUACAUUGCAAGAUACAGGCAAUCUUUUGUUCAGUAUACUUCCAAAAAAUGGAUGGGGUUUGUGAAGAACUGCCUUGUUCCAGCUUGAAUUUUCAUAUGUAGAUAUAAUCUGGGAUCUGGAUUGUGGCUGUAAGAGCAAAAGAAAGUUCUCUUGAAAGUUGAGUGAGAAUUCAUUUGUUCUGAUCACAUGUGGUGCCUAUCCCACAUUGAUAAAUUUAAGGGUUUCACUGUGUAAUGAAAUUUCUGUUCAGAAAAAGGCAACUGCAAGGCAGUAACUUCUGGGAAGAUCUUUGUCGUGUUUCAUUUCAGCUGACUUCUAUGAAUCCAGUUGAUUGUUUAAAAAAAAAACCUUAAAAGUUGUUGUGUUUUUCAGUAUCACAUGGAUAAAAUCCCAUCCUGCUGUACCAUAAUUUCAAAUCAAAGAAAAUGCUGAAGUGUUUACUGAAUGUUUUACUUGAAAAAGAAACAGGACUUCAUGUUGACAAGUGAACACUGAUUGUGUUGUCCUUCUGAGGCUGUGUGCUGAUGUAGAUCAUGGAUGUGUGAAUGACAUGCUCUGCUCACUGACAUUUCAAGGGUAAUGACUCAGAACGUUAAUUUGACAUCAGUAAUGAUUAUUUGAAUACAAGUUAUUCUUGCUUAAAUACACAGCUCCCUAUGCUUUGAUUAAAGCUGAUCUGAAUCUUACUGGUUAUUAAAGUAUUCUUGAUAUGCUGUGGAAAGAAACAUGGCUUUGCCUUCUAUCUUAGUGUUGAAGCUGUCAAUAAGACAUCAGAGUUGCACAGACUGUUUUUUGUUUAGAAGAAAAACACUUAAUGGAUUUGUCAAGGAAUUCAUUGUAAACUGACUUUUCUGUACUGAUGGGUGAUGGUGUUUGCAUGUUUCCCUUCUGAAAGAGUGGCUCAGUUACCAUUCCUUGCAUGAACCUGGCUCUCACAGAUCCCAGACUCUCAGCAGCUGUCAUUCCCAGCUGCUGGUGUGGAAGGGAGGAGGAGGAAGGGGAAAGAUGGUGAGAGUCGGUGGUACAGCCCAGUGUGCCUGGUGCAGCAGUGCCAAGGCAGACUGUCAAACACAUUUAAGAUCUCAACAGGUUCACACAGACACUGGAGCAGUACCCCAAGGGUUGUGACCAUUCAGACACAAACUUGCUUUAUCUGCUUGCUUAAAAUAAUGUGGCUUUAAAAUUACAAAAGUAGAAACCACAUAACCUCUUUGGUUCCUCAGAAAAUAGGUGCAUAUUAAACAGCCAGCCUACAACACUGAAGGUGACUAAACAAAGAAGGAAAUUGUGUUAAGCAUCUGAAUUUGUAGACUUUUGCUUAAUGUAGACCUCUUAGCUUGGCAUUCUGUUGCGUGUCUAUAUUGACCUUUUUGUUUUUAUAAUUGAAGUAGUUUCAGAUAUCCACAGCUGCUUGUUGAACAUCUUCCCAUGCUUGACAGCUUCUGGAACGGGGAUGGAUAAGAACUGAAUAAGAAUUGUAGGUCUACCACAUGAAACACUGGAUAAUGCUCCCAUUUCCUGGAUGGAAAUUGACUUACUAGAGCCAACUCUGUAAAAGUGUAAAUAUCACAGGGGAUGAUGAAAAGCUGCUGUCCUCCAUCUGAGUAGCUAGUUCUUUGACCUUAAUAAAUGGGGAAUUAUUACUGGGCUGCUGUUCCAUGAAAAAUGCUCUUUGUGGAUUUUUUGUUCUUUCAAUGGGGCAGAUCUUUUACACUCCACAAAUGAUUUGUUUCCUUUCAUGCUGGGUUGUCAAGUGUGAUGGGAAAGACUAAUUGAUAAUAUUUAUUGUUUAUUCUAAAUCUUCCAACUCAGGUACUGACUGAGGGGAAAAUUACCCUCUUAGUUAUUAACAGGACUGUUUAAUUUAACAGGACUAUUUACUUUUGCAAUAUACCUUUGUAGAACCAUUUCUGCUUGAGUUUUCCUUGCACCAGAAAGCACAAGGAGUCUACACAAAUAGACCUUGGACUCAACUGCUUCGAGCUGCACUUCCAUCCUACAGCUGCUGCACCAGAUCUCAUUGCACAGUCAAAGGCUGGAAAUAUUUUUGCCUUGCUCCUUUCUUUGGUAAAUUGCAAAGCUUGUGUUCUGUACAGAAUAAAUCUCUUCUGUAUAUUUGCAAAUACUCAGAGAAA